AUGUCGCGCAUUGCACUGCUGCUGUUCGCACAUGUUGUGUCAAUUGGCUGGUCCACCCUGAUAUGUCCAAGCAAGACGACAGCAGACGAUAUCCUGCAGGGACAGAACCUCUCGGGGAAGCUGGCGCUGGUGACGGGCGGUGACAGUGGCUUGGGCUUUUCCAUUGCCCUGGCGAUGGCGAAGCGUGGGGCAGAGGUUGUCAUUGCAAACCACAAUGCGACCAGCGGAGACAUCGCAGCGAAGAACUUGUCAGAGCUUUCAGGGUCCAAGGUGGAGGCGCUUCCACUGAACCUGGCAUCCCUGAAAUCGGUGCGUCAGACCUUUGACAUCUUCACUCAGAAAUAUGGGGAUCGGCCCUUGCACUUUCUGAUCAACGAUGCCGGCAUCACGGGGCCCAGCAAAUUGACGCCAGAUGGCUUCGAGAUGAACUUCGAGGUCGACUUUCUGGGUCACUUCUUGUUGACCGACCUGCUGCUUCCUGCUUUGAGACGUGGUGCCCCUUCUCGGGUGGUGAUCGUUUCCAGUGGCCUUCACGAAAACGCCUGUGAGGCCGUGGGGUGGCCGGCGGAUUGCUUCAAGAAUUGGAGAUAUCUUCCACCACCUGUGGUGCCACAAAAGGAAGUCACAGUGCACACCCACUCGGGUUUGGAGAAGCGGAAUUCCUCCACCUACGGCAUCGCCAAGUUCUUGAACGCGCAGCAUGCCGCGGUGCUGGCGAUCCGUGAGGCCAAGAACGGCAUUGAGAGCUGUUCGUUGACUCCUGGCUUUGCCCUGACUGGAAUGACUCGACGCUUCGUGAACACAUCAGGUGUGGAGGCUCAAUGUAAGGCGCAAAGACAUCCAGAUCCAAGCAUCCCAACGAACCCUUGCCCCUUCAGCGCGGAUGAAGGUGCAGCUGUACUGGCCUAUUGCGCAACCGGAUCCAUUAGGAGUGGUGCUUACUACUCCAGGACCUAUGCGUGUCAGGAGCAGCCCAUUGUCAUGCAGGGCUUCACAAGAGCCAUGCAGUUGGAGCUUUAUGAGAAAGCCUUGGGCUGGGUGAAACAAGCCAAGCACGUCGACGACCUCGUGGUCUGA